GUCUGGUAAUACUAAAUUUCCUCGUGUUUCGUUCGCUCGUUCGUCAUCAUCAGUGUGGUGUGAAAUUUUUAUUUAUAACAACAGAAGAAAAAAUAUUUAAGUGAAAAAUAAACGCAUUGUCUCGAUAAAGAAAAAUAAUUGUUCUACUUUAUUGAUAAUUGUAACAAAUAUAUUAAACAUUGCAUACGGAAAUUAAUUGUGCAAAGUUCUGCAUACGGACGGGAGUUUGGUGUGCUUUUUGUCUAACAUUUUUUGUGUGUGUAUUGUGUGUGGUGUGCUGCCACGAGCUUGCUUUGAUUUGCUUGCUCUGGACAUAUCUAUUCUUCUGUCAGUCAGUCUGUCUCACUGAUUGAUUUCAUUGGCUUUUUGUCGAUCAGACUUUUUGACUGACUUUGCUGGCUGCGACAAUCAAACAACUAAUCUAUUUAGAGCUUUGUAUUGUCAAAUAGUAUUUCCGAAGAGAUACUUCAAGGUCUUUAAAGGCGCAGACAGAAGCAGCUUUUUAGCUGCGCACGCAUUUAGAAAAAUAAAAAAAGUGAUUUAAUUUGUUUUUGGAUCUACGCUGCUGCUAUAAACGGAGACAAGAAGCAAAAAAGAAAAAUAAAAAACAAAAGCAAACGAAGAAACAGAAAAUUGUCACAGCGACUUCUUUGUUGAGGUGAUUGCUUCACCGUCUGUUAUCCCCUUCACUCCACAUUAUUCUCUUUAUCUGCUGCAACAAAUGGCUGACGUGAGUGACCCCAAUGAACUCUUUGUUCUUGAGUUACACGAGGAUGAAAAUCCCCGUGAUUCAGAUGAUGACAAAAUCGAAUUAGACGAUGUUGACUUGGAACCAGAAUUAAGCAUAAAUUUACAACAGGAGGCGGAAGGACAAGAAACUAUACAAUUAUCAGAAGAAAAUGUAAACCCUGGCAAAAUUAAGUUGGGUCCAAAAGAUUUUGAAUUGAAGAAAGUUUUAGGCAAAGGUGGUUAUGGCAAAGUAUUUCAGGUGCGCAAAACUUCUGGUCGUGAUGCUAAUAAAUAUUUUGCCAUGAAAGUUUUGAAAAAAGCCUCAAUAGUCACAAAUCAAAAAGAUACAGCACACACUCGUGCUGAACGUAAUAUAUUAGAAGCUGUAAAACAUCCAUUCAUUGUAGAAUUAGUUUAUGCCUUUCAAACGGACGGUAAAUUAUAUUUGAUUUUAGAAUAUUUAAGUGGUGGCGAAUUUAUGCAUUUAGAACGCGAAGGUAUUUUCCUAGAAGAUACAACAUGCUUUUAUUUAAGUGAAAUUAUAAUGGCUCUGGGUCAUUUACAUAAAUUAGGCAUCAUA